AUGGCAGAGAUGAGGAGCCCUGCUGGCUCUGCCAAGACCGAUGCCAUGCCCUCACCUCCAGCAGAUCCGCCAGAGGGGCAAUGGACACGCCGCUGGAUCAUCUUGUCCUUCUGGGCCAUCAUCGUCUGCUUCGGCCUUCCACAUUGGCUGAUGACAACUUCGACAUACCGUGCGAGCCUUCCGCUGGAUGCUAUGAAUUCAUGGGCCCGAGAAGACCAGAUCUGCGGAACCACGGAUGCUUUAGCUCUGCAAGAGAGCAGAGACAAUUCAAAGGCCUUCAAGUACUCUUCGACUUAUCAUCUGACCUUCUCGCUCUUCACACCGGCCGCUAUACCAUCGGAUUGGGACAUUGAUCAAGCGCUGGCCCAGUAUAUCCGACCUUUGAUUAGAGCGCUGUCGAAUGUCAGCGAUUUCACGGUUGAGACACAAGUACAACUGCAUGCGUCUUUCUCUCCAUCUAUCGCUGGCCCUCAAUUCGAUCAUUCUAAUAGGGAAUGGCAGCUGCAGAAGUCUGAUCUUCGUGGCUUCAUUAACGCAGCUGAGUGGCCGUUGAGUCCGAGCAUCGGAGCAGGGCCGACCAUUAACUUUGUUCUCUACGUACCCACAGAAGGGCAAAAACCACUAGUCAUAGCUGAAGCGAAUCGAGCCACGAGCUGGCUUAUACCUCAAUGGGGCGGUGUUGCUAUCCUCAAUACCUUGGCAAAGCAGUCGACCAAGCUCACUGCUGCCGAGCUGGAGUUGGCGAUGCUUACAUUUACGGAGCAACUUGCGACUUUAAUCGGUCUUCCUUCUAAUUCUGGCUCUCUAGACGAGCAAGUCCUGCGACUGAAGCAGAACCGAGCGGUCUCACUCAUCAGAUCCACAUCUUCGACCUUGGAUACCGUGGCGCACGCUGUCCAAGAGACCCUGUCACGGCUCGAACAAGCCUGCGAUGCUUUCCGAAGCGAUGAUUGGGACAGUGCUCUCCAACAUGCAAGGAUAGGCAAUGAUGAGAUCGAGACGGCAUUCUUCGAGCCUUCCAUGGUUGGGCAGGUGUACUUUCCAGAUGAACACAAAGUGGCUGUAUAUGUGCCACUAUUGGGCCCAAUGGCAGUUCCACUUAUCAUGGCUGCUAUCAAGGAGAUCCGGACUUGGAGGCAGAGGAGAAAGGCUAAGACUACCUAA